GAAAAAGAACAUGUCGUAGCCUGAUCGUAGCUGUCUUCAAGCCAAUGAGGAGCUCUUCCCCCUUACUCCAGAACUGUCCGCUGUGUCGAGGAUAAGGAAGCGUAGAGCACUUCUCGUCUAGAUUCUUGGCAUCGAAAACGAUAGCUUGACAUUUCGCUAUCUAGUUAUAUACGAAAAAUAAAGACAUUCAUGUGCAAACCUAAAGUAUUAUUUAGGGGAGGAUGUGAAAAGUACCGCAUUGAACAAAGUUAAUUUUCUGCAUUCAAGAAUAAAGCCUUCCUAGUUGGCUAGCUAGCUUGCUGACUUUUGAUAAGCGAGCGAGCUAGCUAGCUACCCGCGCCACACUGCUUUCAGUUUCACCCUGAGUUUUCCCUAAAGGGUAGUAAUGCACUCAAAUAGAUAAGUUCUGUUAGCUGUUUCGCUUUAAAAAAUAUAAUUUCACAUAAGUGGUAAAUAGGCUAUUUUAAUUAAGUGAGGCAAACGGCUGUAGCUAAGUAAGCUAGCUAACUAGUUAGUUAGUUUGUGCUUCAACAGAAAACUUAGCAGUCCGCCACAGAGGCCUUGCCUGGUCAGAGGGAGUGUAUUGUGUAUGCAUUCGACCGGCGUGGUGGAAAGAUGUCGGCUCAAGCGCAAAUGCGAGCAAUGCUGGACCAACUAAUGGGCACCGGGAGAGAUGGGGACAGCAUGCGCCAGAGGAUCAAGUUCACAGACGAAAGAGUAUGCAAAAGUCACCUUCUUGAUUCCUGUCCUCAUGACAUACUUUCUGGCACGCGCAUGGACCUGGGGGAGUGCGUGAAAGUCCAUGAUCUGGCUCUCAGGGCCGACUACGAGAUCGCUUCCAAGCAGCAGGAGUAUUUCUUCGAGCUUGACGCGGCGGAGCACCUUCAGUCCUUCAUUGCCGACUGCGACAGGAGGACGGAACUGGCCAAGAAGCGCCUGGCCGAGACGCAGGAGGAGAUCAGCGCCGAGGUGGCAGCCAAGGCGGAGCGAGUGCACGAGCUGAACGAGGAGAUUGGGAAACUCCUGGCCCGGGCGGAGCAGCUGGGGGGCGAGGGGAACGUGGACGAGGCGCAGCAGGUGCUGGAGAAGGUGGAGAAGACCCGCGCCAUGAAGAGAGAGGCAGAGGAUAUAUAUAGAAACUCAAUGCCAGCUUCCAGUUUCCAGCAGCAGAAACUCCGGGUCUGUGAAGUUUGCUCCGCCUACCUGGGUCUCCAUGACAACGACCGCCGCCUUGCUGACCACUUUGGUGGGAAGCUGCACCUGGGCUUUAUUGAGAUCCGUGAGAAGCUGGAUAGACUAAGGAAAGCAGUUGCUGAAAAGCAGGAGAGAAUGCGAAUGAGAAGACGGGAAGAACGAGAUCGAGAUGAGGAGAGAGAGAGACAGAGGGAAUGGGAACUGGAGAGAGAGAGGGAGCGCGAGAGGGAGAGAGAACGUGAGAGGGAGAAAGAGAGAGAACGGGAGAGGCGGAGGACACGGUCAAGAAGUGGAGAACGAUACAGGGAUGGUGGAAGCUCAUCCUCCCAUCGCUCUCGUCACCAUCAUUCCUCCCGUUCCCGAGAAGAGGGAGGAGAGAAGGAUAGAGAGAGGAGGCACAGGCACAAAGACAGACAUCGUUCCCGUUCCCACUCCCACCGGAGCAAGAAGAAGAGGGACAGAUCCCCACCCCCCCGGGAGAGGGAGCACUCCCCGUCCCUGGAGAGAGGGACCGAGAGAGUGGCGCAGGCAGGGCCGGACUUCUGGAGGGAGGGUGACCAGAUGGAAAAGGAGAGGUCCACCUCACCGGACAUGGCCAGGGAGAGGGACAUGCCUCGGGAGAGAGAGCGGUCACUGUCACUGGAAAGAGAGAGGCAGUCCAGCUCUGAAGAGAGAGAAUCCGGGGAGAUCUAGAGCCACUGAUGGCUUCAGAGGAUUGUGGGGGGAAGUGGGGCGGGGGUGUUGGGUGUUGGUCAAUAGAGGAGAAGUAAGGGAGAGGUGGGAAAAGGAGUGGUGUGAAGAUAUGUAAUUAGGCUGGUGAGAGGAGGAUAAAGAGCAGUGAGGAAAAAGAGGAGGGAAUGAAUUCACAGGAGAUGAAAGGCCAACAGGGGUGUAGAGGGAAGGAUAUGGCUUAGCAGCUGAGAGGCAGAAGGUUGUACCUCCUAUCACUGCUAGUUUAUUUCAUAUGUGACAGGGGUAUACUGGAGAACAGGAGAAAGCAAGACAUGGUGAAUAAACGGUGUACAAAAAGAGUAAGAGUGAGCCUUUACUCAAAUACUUUAUUUUAGAUUUACUGUUGUUUUUUGUUUUUUUACUAUUACUGUUGUCCCUUUUCUGAUCCCCUUUGCAUUAUAACAUGAAUUGUUUAGUGGUUGUAUAGAAAUGCAUUUAUGCACAUGGAUAUGAUAUCAAACAGGCAGGGAUGCACCAAAGUGUAGAUAAACCGAUCACAACCUGAUCAAAACUAUACUGCACACAUACAAAGACAAGCACACCAAGGCCUUGACAAAAACAUAUUCUCAUACAUACUGCUUGUCUCACACACACACACACACACACACACACACACACACACACACACACACACACACACACACACACACACACACACACACACACACACACACACACACACACACACACACACACACACACACACACAGAGUUUUGGGGACCCAGUACUUUACCAUGGUCUAUACAUACUGAAUAAAUGUUCAGCUUCCAUUAUA